CUGCCUAGACAACCUUCAUCUCGCGAAGUAUGUGGUGGAGGAGAUCGGCUUGUCGCGAGAAUGAAGAGGAAUGGGAGUUUAUGAGGGUGCUGUCUUUGCGAUGGCAGGAGGGGGCAGAGAUCGAAGUGGGGGCGAUCUCAAUGGCUGAGUGGUUCGAUGACAUGUCCCGGGACAUGUUGGAUGUCAUCUGGGAGCUGGAAGAGGGGCCGGAUCCCCAGCUCGAGGCCUUCAUCGACUGGAGGCACGAGGAUGACAGCAUUGGAGUCUGCAAAGCACUCUUCGCACAGGGUUGCCACCUGCACGAUCAGCUGAAGGGUCGCUCGUGGACAAGGGAUGACGAAUAUCCCUCUCCGGAUCGGCAGGAGAGGGGCAAGACGACCGCAGAUUGGUUGUCGUCGAAGGGCGAGGAAGAAACUGCGGCAGCACAGGCAGCGACGGAGACAACAGCGGCAACGGCAACAACAACCUCAACAAUAACAUCAGCAACAUCAAUAAAAACAACGAUGACGGCUAUGGUGACAAUGGCAGCAAGCGCUGUCAUACCGGCACAACACGGAGAACUCGCCGGCAGUGUCGAUGAUAACAGCGGUAACAACAAAGACAACAGCGGCAACAUCAGCAACAACAACAAUAGCGCCGACGGCGCCGGCAGUGGUGACGGCAACGACGGCAAUAUCAACGACAACAACAGCGACAGCAAUGACAACAGUAGCGACAUCAACAGCAACAACGUCGGUGACGAUAAUGGCUGUUGCUACCCUUCCCCCCUUCUGUGUGUUGUCUCUUCCUGAUGAUCCGCUCUUCUUCGCGCUUCGCCGAGUGGGAGUGGGAUAGACCACGGCUCUCCAUUGAUUGGGGUUGUCCAGCCCUCGAUCCCCAACUAUGACGACAUGUUGAUUGUCCCCACUGCAGGGACGGUGGUUUGUUUAGGGAGUUGCGCUUUGAGGCGUUUGUCUGUUAUGGUGAUUCCUUUACUAAGGUCUUUGGUUGCGUGGGGAGGAGAUCAAUCCUUCCCUUAUUUUGGGAAUUAAUCAAUGCCUUCUGCUCCA